AUGGCGGCCAUACAAGAAGAAUUCCAAAAUGUGGUUUUAAAUGAAGGUUCGUUAAAAAAUCGUAAAAAACAUUCGAAUAUCGUUCAGUUUCAUGAAAUUCAAGAAGUAUUGCUUUUGACAAGCUUAUAAACCUUUUUAUAGAUGGAAAAAUAAUGACAAGGUCGCAUCGGCGGUCGAAAAAGCCUUUAAAAUACGCAUCGCCUCAACCGGAGCCUAUUAUAACGAUCAAAGAGGAAGUUAUUGAUGAUACGGAUCCGGAUUUUGGUGGAAGUAAGUUUCUAUUUGUUCAAAAUCAUGUAAAAUUUAUUUUUGAAGGCUUUUUCUCAUAAGAUUACUGGACUAAAAAGUUGAAAAAAAUGAAGUUUUUUUCGCGAUUUUUUUCAGUGAAAUUUUUCUUAGUUCGGCUAAUUUAUUUUGAAAUUUGAGGCGUAAAAGUAUGAAGAUAAUUUUAAAAAAUACAUUUUUUUGUUUCAGGUGUUUCAAAACUGCCCAAAAAAAGUCCCUGA